AUGAUACGUAUAGUGUUAUCUUCACUUGUAAUGGCUUCACUUAAUCUUAAUCACACUCUUUCUUUUAUUUCUUUCUAUUUCGUUUUCCUCACUUUCAUAUUUUCAUCCAUUUUAAUACAAUCCGUUAUCAUUUUACUUAUUUUUUUUUCUACGAUUUUUCCCUUUCCUUCCACUGUUUCUUUCUUUCCUCCAUUUUUACGCGAUGCUGUUCUCUUACUCCAACCUAUACUUCUACUAUUUUUCUUUAUCGUCUCUCUUUCUCUGUCUUUCAUUUCAUUCGAAACUUGUCUUUCGUUUGUGACAUUUCUCUUUCUUUUUUCCUACUUCUUCAUUAUAUUCACCACUUCUUUUAAGCUCUUCUCUUUGUUUAUCAUCCUUUCUGUCAGUAUUAUUUCUCUCUUCCAUCUUUGUCUUCCCUAUUUUUCUUUUUCCUUCUCCAUAUUUAACCAUCUUACUCUUUGCUCUCCCGAGAAUAACAGCUUUGUGGGUUAG